AUGAAUACCGCUGAGUCCCUGCACGUUCAAGGAGGACAGAACACUUCAAUGCUGAUUACUCAUGUUAAAGAACAACCAACCCCUGAAGAUUGUCAGGAGAUGCUCGAGCACUUGAAGACGCUAGGCACUAACGACCGAAAGGGUAUAUCCGUUGAAUGCAAUGCCUGGCAAGUUCGACAGCGAUUUCAAAGUACACAACGAUCACAAUUCAAGUAUAUCGUUGAAGGCUACAACAACGUGGCAAUUGACGCAGGCAUGUCGCCGUCCGGAUUGGCUCUGCAUGGGACGCGGCUUCAGGAACCGCCGGUUCUGAUACGUGCCUCCGGGAAGUCGAACCCGUGUAAUAUACACCCAUGCACACACGAGAUGCAUAUGGGUAUCGCAGAGGUUCCAAAUGUACACUCGGGUACAAAUGGAGAACAUACUAAGCAGACACUCGUUAUAUGGCUACGGUCACUUGUAAAGCUUUUAUCGGCGAUCUCCAAGAGGCUCAAGACUUUGAUAAAAUGGUUUGAAAAGUAAACGAAUUGCGAACUCUUAUUGCCAAUUCGUUAUACGUGUCAGCGCGCGAUUCCGCGGAACGGUUAUUUAUUGUUAUUAUACUUUGCAAUGUUUUUACUUUUUAAUGCCAAAUUUAUCUUCGUUUUUUUCCUUGUUUUUAUUU